AUGAACAGACUGCGGCAGAGUCUUCGGCGCAAGAAACCGUCCUACAUGCCCGAGGCGAGCCGCCCCCACCAGUGGCAGGCCGAUGAAGAGGCGGUGCGUAAGGGGCGCUGCAGCUUCCCGGUGCGGUACCUGGGCUACGUGGAAGUGGAGGAGUCCCGAGGGAUGCAGGUGUGUGAAGAGGCGGUGAAGAAGCUGAAAGCGAGCAGCCGCAAAUCUGUGAAGUCCGUGCUGUGGGUCUCGGCCGAUGGGCUGCGCGUGGUGGACGACAAGACCAAGGACCUGAUUGUGGACCAAACCAUCGAGAAGGUUUCCUUCUGUGCUCCGGAUCGCAACUUCGACAAGGCCUUUUCCUACAUUUGCCGGGACGGCACCACCCGGCGCUGGAUCUGCCACGGCUUCCUGGCUCUGAAGGACUCGGGGGAGCGCCUGAGCCACGCCGUGGGCUGUGCCUUUGCCGCCUGCCUGGAGCGCAAGCAGAAGCGCGAGAAGGAAUGUGGGGUGACGGCUUCCUUCGACGCCAGCCGCACCAGCUUUGCCCGGGAAGGCUCCUUCCGACUGCCUGGCCCCCCAGCUCCCACCUCCCGCCCCUCUGGAGCACGCCCCCCCCACGACAGGAAAAAAGCGGAAGCAGCAGCCGCCCCCUCAGCCCCAAUCCCGGCCCCCGCCCAGCCCGGCAGCGCCUCCCCUCCCCAGGGGGCCACCUCACCAGAGGAGAAGGCCUCUGAGGCUGGGGGGGCACAUGCCAUCCCGCGCCGCCACGCCCCCCUGGAGCAGCUGGUGCGGCAAGGCUCCUUCCGAGGGUUCCCCAGCCUGAGCCAGAACUCCCCCUUCAAGAGGCAGCUCUCCCUCCGCCUCAACGAGCUGCCCUCCACCCUGCAGCGCAAGGGCCACUCCGGGAGCAGCGCAGAGGCGGAGGCAGCCCCCAGCAGGGACUCGGACGGCAUCUCAGCUCUCUGCACUCAGAUUGACACAUCACUCGCCCAGACGGCCGGAGAGCCCCCCGCGGCCCUCAUGCCCACGGAAGGGGGCAGCACAGGACCCCCUUCCUCAUGGACCGACCCCCAGGCCAACCCCCUGUUCCAGCCGGGACAUAAGAGGACCCCCUCGGAGGCAGAGCGCUGGCUGGAAGAGGUUGCCAAGGCUGCCAAGGCCCAGCAGCAUCAGCAGGUGCCUCUGGCCGCCCCCCCAUCUCUACCCGGCUUUCCUCUGAGCUACGAGGCAGCCCCCCUCCCUGCAGGCAUCUUUGCGUCUCCCCACAUGCCCCCCACCCUUGUGCCUGUGGGCCCUGUGUACACUGUGCCCUUUCCUGCCCUCCCCAGCGUGCCCAUAGUGGGCAUCACACCCUCCCAAAUGGUGACCAAUGCCUUCUGCUCCGCCACACAGGCUCCCAUUACAAAGCUGGGGGUCAAGGCCAGCCCCUUCCCUCAGGCCCUCCUGGACCCCCCUCGGCUCAAAGCCAAUGGGACUGUCUGGGCUCCUGAGCAACCCUCCCCAGGCAUUUCUGAGCCCCACCCUGAGCCCCCUGACCCCUUUGAAACCCAGUGGGCUGCCCUAGAGUCCAAGGCUCCCCCUGCUGCUUCCAACCCUUUUUCUGGUGACCGGCAGAAAACCUUUGAAAUAGAAUUGUGA